AUGCCGAGACCAACCCCAUCACCUCCUCAUAUUCACAUCUUCCUCCUCUUCUACAUCCCUUGUCUCGUCUUCCUCUGCUUUCUCUCCCGUGUUGCAGAAUCUCAAAUUCAAGAUCAAGAACAACAAGUCCUGUUGAAGCUGAGGCAAUCCUGGAAAGACCCAUCUUCCCUCGCCCACUGGGUCGCCUCCAAUUUGUCCUCCCACUGCACAUGGCCCGAGAUCACAUGCCAAGAUGGCUCGAUCACCGAGCUCAACCUCGUAAACCUGAACUUAAAUUAUUCGAUCCCCCCAUUCAUCUGUGACCUCGAGAAUCUGACCAAGCUCGACGUCUCCAACAACAAAAUUCCUGGAGAGUUUCCCACAGUUCUCUACAACUGUUCUAAGCUCGUGCACCUCGACCUGUCCCAGAAUUACUUCGAAGGUCCUAUUCCAUGUGAUAUCGACCGCUUGGCCAAUCUUCAGGUCCUGAUUCUCGCCACCAACAGCUUCUCAUUCAACGUCCCGGCGUCGAUCGCGAGGCUGCAGAGGCUGAGGAUCCUUCACCUUUACCAGUCCAAGUACAACGACACUUACCCUAAAGAGAUUUUUGGCCUCUCCGAUCUCGAAGAACUGAGCCUUGGGUACAACAACCAGUUUGCGCCGUCACAGCUACCGCAGAACUUCACCGCCCUGAAGAAGCUGCGGUUCUUCUCGAUGCCGCAGACGAACCUGUUUGGUGGAAUCCCAGAGACGGUCAGCAAUAUGAAGGCUCUCGAGCACUUGGACUUGGGGAUGAAUCCACUGAGAGGAGAGAUCCCGGGCAGCAUUUUCGCUUUAAGGAACUUGAGCGAGUUGUUCAUGUACAAGACCAAUGUCUUCGGGUCGAUCCCUCAGGCAGUAAGCGCUGCGAACCUGCGCGUGAUCGAUCUGUCUGUGAAUAAUUUGACGGGGAACAUACCUGAAGAUUUCGGGACGCUCAAGAAUCUAUCCAGCUUGAAUUUAGAGUUCAAUCAAUUGUCCGGUGGAAUCCCAGAAGAUAUCAGCCGUCUUCCCACUUUGUCUGAUGUCAGGCUGUCUUACAACAAUCUAUCAGGCACGAUCCCCCCGGACUUCGGCAAGUUUUCCGCACUCAGAAGAUUCGAAGUGGCCUUCAACAACUUGACUGUACUUUGUACAUUGUGA